AUGACUUCCCUGUCAUUGGCCAAAUCCGAAUAUAAUUCUGAAAGCAAGUGUGGCAAUGGAUCAGACAACACUUCCAAGUGUCGCAAUGGUGGGGUUUUGAUUGAUUUCGAGAGUGCCGCCACGUCAUGUAAGGGUGGAAAAUACGAUGGUGACAAUAGUGACAUCCCAGAAUCGUACGGAAAAAAGGAGGUUGGCGUCAGCUUCUGGGUGGUGGAUAAGAACUAUAACCAAAUCAGGAUCGGGAAAGAGUAUAUGCGACCAGUUCUCGAGAAGGUGGGCGAUAAAGACUCUAUCAACGGUUUCUACGGAUCUGCUGUAAACGACGGCGACAACGUGAAGAACUCUGAUUCUAGCAAAAUAGGUAAAUACUACCUACGCAUCGAGAAUAGGCAAGACCUAGACUAUAUACCAAAUCUUGCUGUGAUAUACGAUGACGAAGGCACACGGUCAGUCAGCGGUGACCUACUCGAUAUCGACGGCAACGGGAUAGCUUCAGGGUCGAAUGCGAGAGCGGAACAGUGGAAGAUUAAUGUCCUGGAUAAGUAUAUGAAGACCUUAGCUACGAUAUAUUCCCCGCGUGGUGACUGGGAGAUAAAAGCAAAUGUACACAACUCUGAAACUGACUCACUGAAACAAUCACUUCGUACACAGUGGUUGAGUGGGGCUAUGAGAACAUCAUAUGAUUCGACAACUUGGAAGUGGUCUUUUAAUGCAGAUAGGAUCAGUUCCUGGCCCAAGUGCGGCAACGAGAAAUGUUAUGCAAAGUACAUCGUGUUCGAGUAUGUGGGACUAUUCCCUGCCGAUUUCAAUAACAGAGAGCAAAUCGCACUUGACAACUUCGACGCAUUCGAUUGUGCAGACGUCUCGAAAGGCGUCACAUACGAAAAAUCCACGCCCGAGUGGGGUGAAUGGGGUGAGCCUGAGUGUAGCGUCAGUGGCCGGUGUGGACAGAAUGGAGCUCUUUCCAGGACCAGAGUGGACACUACUGGAGUACACAGUGCCGAGCGGGAAGUGAAUGAUAGUUGCUCGACAAAGAAAUGUGACGUGUGUGGUUUCCAGGAGUGGAGCAAUUGGACAGAGUGCACAUACGCAUCCUGCGAAAGUCUAGGCGUACAGACUCGUAAGAGAAGCAGUCUAGCUGCCACUGACAGUUGUAAUGCCGAAGCCAAAGAGGAAACACAAUCGCAAACGUGCGGUCACCAGCAAUGCUGUCAUCGUCCAAUUGAUUUCGAGAAUGCUGACGGUGACAAUGAACUUGUGGAUAUAGAUUACCAUCCCGAAAUUACAUUUAAGGUCAUAAAUAAUAAAUGCUCUCCGAAGACGUAUACCACUGAGGAGUGUGACCUGUACCAUAGUAAUGGGAAGGUGAUGAAGCCUAUCCUCGAGAUGAGAGGCAGAGAUUCAAACACUGGUUUUGUGGGUAGCGCUUCCGGCAACCAUGACACGGUGAUGUCCUACUCUGCGCAGAUCGGCAAAUUUUUCAUGCGUACAUACAAUCUAGGAGACAGCUGGUUUGAUCGCCAGAUUGCGCAGGUGCCUACUUUGUUCAUCACCUACAAAAGCUACACUUUGGCAGCCAGUGGACAAAUCUACGAUAUUGAUGGCAGCACUGCUAAUAUCAACGACAAGAAUGGACGAAUGGAGCAAUGGCGUGUCACUGCCUGGGGCUCACAGGGCCAGAUCUUGAAGGAGAUGGACUCGCCUAUGGGCACUACCAAUCAGUUACUUCCUUUUCAUCCUACGAAGAAAGACUCCAUCGGUAACCCGGCUCGUGUGAAGUGGAACUCUCAAUACAACCGCUGGGAUGCUGGCUACGAUUCAACCAAUUGGUUUUGGGGCUUCAACGCAGUGUCGGAGCCAACCUGGCCAAAAUGUGGUAGCGCUUUGUGUGCAAUCAAGGACAUCACCAUCAGUUAUGUUGGCCAAUACCCCAACGGGCGACCUACAGCCGUGGGGUUAGCCUUCGACAACUUCGAUGCGUACGGUUGCCAGGAUCCAGAGGCACCACCACCCCCCCCUCCACCUGUAGCCUGCGAAUAUACCGCUUGGUCGGAAUGGACAUGCGACAAGGUGGUCUGCGGACUCACUGGCUUCAACAAGAGGCAGAGAAGCUUAGUAUCCGACGACGAUUGCUUUGCCCCCGAGGACGCCAAGCUCGUUGAAACUGGUACAGCAUGUGAGACAGAUCCCUGUCCAUGCAAAGUAAGUGAGUGGAGCAGUUGGACCUGUGGAGUUGUGGGGAAAUGUGGUCAGACAGGCACCAUGCGCCGCAGCCGCUACUUCUUUGAGGAUGGCAAAUGCGAGGCAACUGACAUUGAGCUCGAGGAUGACGACAAUGUUGCCUGUGGCACCGAAUUGUGUGUGUGUGAACUAUCCGAGUGGUCAGCAUGGGUCUGUUCUGAGACUGACUGUGGUACCGUUGGCGUGGUAGAAAGUGAGCGUGCUUAUAUUGUCAAAAAGGACUGCCGACGAGGCGAUGCUGUACUGGAUCGUCAGGGAGAGGCUUGCGAGGCCGAAUUAUGCCCCUGCACACCUGGAAGCUGGAGUGAGUGGGAAUGCUCAGUUACUGGCGAGUGCGGGCAGGUCGGAGUGAGCAUGCGCACACGUGCUCUGGACGAAGAUAACGAUGCCUCAGACUGCGAUGGCGAAGGCAUAAGCGUAACCCAAGAAGGGUCAGUUUGCAACACAGCAGAGUGCUGUGUUGCCAGUGAGUGGAGCGCUUGGACCUGCAGUGUGUCUCAAUGCGGAUCUACUGGUAUCUACCAGUCCACUCGUACUAUAGUUGAGGAUGGUAAAUGCCAAAUCUCAAAGGAGAAAGUCUUGACUCUGGAGCGAGAAGGACCCAAGUGCCAGACGGAGAAGUGUCCUUGCGAGCUGGGACCGUGGUCUGAGUGGCAGUGUAACAUUGACCUAUCAACUUGUGGCUUGACUGGUUCGGUUACUCGCCAGCGUACUGUCGAAGACGAUGAGAAUUGUCUACCGCCCAGUAGCGGGGUUACAAAGAGUCUGGAAUCCAAGCUAAUUCAAAGCGAGACUCAGAAGUCAUGCUCUAGCGCCGAGUGCUGUGUAUUAUCCAGUUGGAGUGAAUGGGAAUGUACAGUCUCAGGUAAGUGUGGACAGCAAGGGACAUACGAGCGCGAGCGAAACUUCGUGACGUCGGACAAGUGCAUUGAGCCUGUGAUGAAGGUGGACCUCUUGCAGACGGAUAACAAGAUGUGCGCCACAGAUCUGUGUGAGUGCCCAAUCUCUCCCUGGAGUGCCUGGACCUGCAGUGUCACAGAGUGUGGUUCCACCGGGGUCUUUGAGGCAACACGUGGGUAUGUAGUGGAUGCCCUUUGCCAAACAAUGAACGCAGAGCUUCACAGAGAAGGCAAGGAGUGCUCCACAGCCCCUUGUGCUUGUACACCCGGGCCUUGGACUACUUGGAGCUGCACAGCCAAUGAGAGCGUAUGUGGAAGCAAAGGCGAAUCAGUUCGUACCCGUGUAUUCUCCGAGACGAAUGAUUGCGUCCUACCUGAGGGCGUGAAGAAGAAUGAACAAGGGGAAGUGUGUGGUCUGGAGGUCAGAGGUGCUUGUAGUGGUCCGUCUUGCUGUAGUCUAACACCGUGGUCGGAGUGGUCUUGCUCCGUGUCUGAUGCCUGCGGCCUCACGGGCCAGUUAUUCCACGAACGUACACACAUCAAGACCGACAACUGCCUAGCAAGCGAAUUGGAUGUGUUGAAGUUUACGGCCGACGAGCCUUGCCACACGGAUAAAUGCGAGUGCCCUACCACAUCGUGGAGUCCCUGGUCGUGCAGCGUUAAGGCCUGCUCAUCCAAGGGUCAUCAGCUUUCCAGUCGAAGCUACAUCACCGGCAAGGACUGUCAGGCCUUAGAUGCCGAGCUGAUCCGCAAAGGGGGUGAAUGCGAGACUGAAACGUGUACUUGCGAAUCGUCCGAAUGGUCCAGUUGGGUAUGCGAUGCCAAUGCUGAACUUUGCGGGACUUCCGGUAAAGAAUGGCGUCAGCGCAGGUACGUCCUUGAUGAGUGUGUGCUGCCGCCAACUGUUGUAGUCGGCGACGACGGUGUUGAGCUCGCCGAAGGCAAAACAUGCUACGCCAAGAAAUGCUGCAGUACAAGCUCGUGGAGUGAUUGGAGUUGCACUGUGGAAGAGUCUGAUGGUUGUGGACUCACUGGUAAGCUGACACGAUACAGGACCUCCAUCCAGGAUGAUACAUGCACCAUCGCUGGAGCCAAAACCGAUCUCCGCAACACCGAGGGCACUCCCUGUCACACAGAGAAGUGUGAGUGCAAGACCACCGAAUGGAGCGAGUAUCGCUGUAGCGAAGACGAUUGUGGGACGGUGGGUGUGAUGUAUGCCACACGUGGCUACAUUGUCACUGCUGACUGCCAGCCGAAGAACGCUGAGCUCCGCCGAGAGAAUGGGAAGUGCGAGACCGAGCCUUGUCUUUGCGAACCAUCUGCUUGGACCCAAUGGGCAUGCGAUUCGAAUGUUGACGUCUGUGGUUCAAACGGAUUCAAUUGGAGACAGAGAGUAUUCGACAUGGAGGCCAAUUGUGUGCUGCCAGCGAAUGUUGUCAUCAAUGAUGACGGGGUGGAGAGGAAGCAAGGUAGCGCGUGCACGAGCAAACACUGCUGUGGCACAACCGCAUGGUCAGCCUGGACCUGUUCUGUAAGCAACGAGGCCGGAUGCGGACUGCAGGGAAAGUAUAUCCGAGAUCGUACUUUUAUCGAGACAGCGGGAUGCAUGGUCACUGGUGCUGACACAGAUCUGGUGAAUAGCAAUGGGCAGGUGUGUGAGACUGACAAAUGCGAGUGCGAGCUGAGUCCUUGGAGCGAGUAUCAGUGCAGUGCAACAACAUGUGGAUCGACAGGAACCAGAUACUCGACCCGUGGCUAUAUCACAAAGCCCAAUUGCGUCACUAAGCAUGCUGACCUCCGCCGGAAAGAUGGUGUAUGCGCCACUGAUGCUUGCGUCUGUGAGCCCGGGGAGUGGUCAGACUGGACUUGCAACGCAAACAGCGACCAGUGUGGAUCUUCAGGCAGUAAUGUGAGAACGCGCAAGUACGACCUGGAUAACUGUGAACUCCCGGUCGCCGCUGAGACCAAGGAUGCCUGCACUAUGAUGCAGGGCAAGUGCACACAUGGCUGUCGUGGCAAGGACUGGAGGGACUCUAGCAACAAGCCUGGACUACCCAGAGAGGCCCGAGCGUACUGCAAUGAGCUGGGCAUGCAGCACUGCUGUAUCCCUAAAGAUGUUCCGGAAUACGACGCCUCCACACAGUCCCCCACCGCUCCUACAAUCGUUGUCGAUGAAGACGGCAUUGAGACUGAGAUUGGUGACAAAUGCAGUGCUUUAAGCUGCUGCUCUGUUACUUCAUGGACUCCCUGGACGUGCAGUGUAACCGAGGAGGUCGAUGGCUGUGGCAUGCGUGGAGAGUACCUGCGUGAGCGUGAGUUCAUCCCGGGCGAGUCGUGCACCACGGCUGGUGCGGGGAAGGAUCUCCAAGAGGACAAAUGCGAAGAAUGCUGGAGUGCGAAAUGCGAGUGCGAGUUGACGUGCUGGUCUGAAUGGACUUGCUCUGAGUCAGCGUGCAGCUCUGUGGGAACUCUCACUUCGACGCGUGGUUACAUUACGAAUGGAGACUGUCAGACCAAGAAUGCCCAGCUAGUUCGCGAGAGUGAUCAAUGCGAGACUGAGUCCUGUGUGUGUGAAGCAUCAGCGUGGUCAAGCUGGCAAUGUACCGCUGAUGCAUUCCAAUGCGGCUCGUCCGGUGUCAAUGUGCUUCCUCAUCUGGAUCAGGAAUCUGGGUCGUACUUCUCAUCUGGUCACGGGAAGACCUACUACACAACAGCACCAUCAGUCCAGCGAUGGGGGUACUCAAUUAAAUGGAUCUAUGCUGGUGACACACCCACCUUUCUGGUGUUUGAGGACCUAUUCGAGCGGUGUAAAGUGCGGGACCUGUUCGAGAAUCGAUUAAACGUGCCGAAAGGGCUCGAGAUCACGGUAAAACAUAAGAUACAGCUAUAUGCAGCCAGUUUCGUUGUGCGCCAAUCAGAAGGCUUGCAGAUACCCUUCUUCCACGAAGACUUCCGAGACGCGUGUGGAAAACGCGCAUACACACUCAUGACACCGUUAUAUGCCAUGGACGAUAUACAAGACGGACAUCUGCUGUACUACGACGCGCAAGGUGUGCCGCGUGUGUACACAUACCUUCUGGGAGAGAUGAUCAACUUCGGAGCUAAAUUCACGCACGCCACUCAGCCCUGCUCCUCAAACAAGCGGUUUGCCUUCCUGUGCUUCAACUUUGGUGUGGAUAACCCUGGACAGGAUUGGUUCGAUAUACUUGGCAAUAUACCUUGCACUGCUGUGGAGGUGGCCGUGCAAGGGGGCGGGUUACAGGCUCCAGACAGGCUCAAACUGAGAAAUACGCUGACUCUUUUGUUCAGGCAGAUCAAUCAACAAAACGAUGCAUUUUUAGAUCGGAAAGGCUUCAACCACGGCAUCGAACCCGAGGCUAUCCUGAUGGAUCUGUUUGAGCUGGUGGAGAUAAGUGACUUACUGCCGCACUACCUCUUUGAACAGCUCUGCACUAUGUCGGAGCGUGAUACGGACACUCUCACGGAACAUGAGUUUGUGUCGGCAUUCGCGCAGAGUAUUCCGAUAGGGACCCGGUUACAG